AACAUUGAAGGAAGCGACAUAUCCCCAUUUUUUUAUUACCACACACUGAUGGCUCACUGCAUCUUCAAGAAACUAACAAAAAGACUCUCAGCAGACCCAGACCCAGACCCAGAGUCGGUAAGGGAGCAGUGAAGACCAUUAGCUAGCUCAUGGAAACUGUAAUAAGGUUCCUUUUCUGUGUGAUAAAUUUAUGUGUGAGCUUCAAGAAUCCCAAUUCCUGCUAUGAUCAAUCCAAGCUAGAGGCAAAACAUAAGGCCUUGUUUGUCUUUGGGGAUUCACUUUUUGAUCCAGGGAAUAAUCAAUACCUCAAUGGUAGUACUGGAGAAGGCAUAUCAGCAACAUACUGGCCAUAUGGUCAGACCUUCUUCAACCACCCUACAGGGAGGCUUUCCGAUGGCCGUAUAGUUCCUGAUUUUAUCGCCCAGUUCGCCGAUUUACCUAUACUUCCACCCUAUAUGGAACCUGGGGCUCAUCGGUUAGCUGAUGGGGUUAACUUUGCUUCAGCUGGAGCUGGUGUUCUUGACGGAACUCAUCCUGGAACAAUACAACUAAGAAUGCAGCUAGAGUACUUUAAGACAUUGAAAAAGUCAUUGAGGCAGCAACUACAUGAUGCAGAAGCAGAGAAGGUCCUGAGGAGAGCUGUUUACCUGUUUAGUAUCGGAGGCAAUGAUUAUUUUAGCUUCUAUACCUCAAACCCUGAGGCCAGCGAAUCCUACCAACAAGCAUAUGUAGAAAUGGUGAUUGGCAACCUGACAUUGGUGCUCAAAGAAUUUUAUAGCCUAGGAGCAAGAAAAAUUGCAUUUCAAAAUGUAGGGCCUUUGGGUUGCGUACCUGUAAUGGAAGCAAUGAAUCCUGAGCUUGGCAGCAGCUGCGUUGAAAUACCAUUAGCAUUAGCAAGGUUACACAAUGAAUACCUCUCCGUCACUCUUAACAACUUAGAAAGCCAGUUACCAGGAUUCAAAUAUGCAAUCUUUGAUUACUACAAUUCACUUGGGGAUAGAGUGAAUAAUCCCUCAAAAUAUGGUUUCAAGGAGGGGAAGGUUGCCUGUUGUGGCAGUGGAACAUACAGGGAAAGUGGAUGUGGAGGAAGAGAAGGGAAAGAACCAUAUGAAUUAUGCCGUAGACCAAGUGAGUAUGUGUGGUUUGAUGGUGCUCAUACUACUGAAAUGACCAACCACCAAUUAGCUGAGCUACUAUGGAGUGGAAAACCAAAUGUCACAGGGCCUUACAAUGUGAAACAGCUAUUUGGACACUGAUUUUUUAAGAAAUCUCUGUGGUAUAUUUAGACUCCUAUGAUGAUGUUGUUUUCUUUCUUGCCAUAGAGACAAUCACUUCUUCUGGGAAAGAAAAUUGAAACUGUUAUUUGGCU